AACAUAGAAAGAGGAUGAAAGAGGAAUGCUACAGGUGGCUCCCGAAAGUUGGUUCCGGGGGAGAAAAAGGGCAGAUGGAUUUGUCCUUUUUUUCGGCACACCUCAGUACCAGCCAAGAAGAACAUCAUGAUCAAUCCGAACUUCAAAAGCAACACGACAACCUUUUGGAGACGAAAACAACAUGACUUGGGCUGAUGAAAUACACCCCGCGCUCAGCAGUUUCGUAUUGGCCCUGCACUGGUGCAAAACACAAAAACAGAUGCAGGGCCAAUACGUUUUCGACUCUCCACGUGCGCCCCACUUUUCGAGUCGAUGUGGGGCCUCUUUUUUUCGUCGCCGAGUCGGCCCAGUGUUCAGGUUCGGUUCUUCCAGCGCUCCGGGGUCUUUUCUACGGUUGGACCGGACGGACCGGACGGGGAAGCAACGCCUUUUUUUGAGGAUGCAACUCAGCAUGACUUUCACAGCGAGUCGUGUUCACCAGUGGAAGGGCGACACAGAAAUCGCUUCAUCUACGUGAACGGAGUGAGGCGCCCAAGGCGUACUGCUGCAUUGGUUUCGGAAGAAAUGAGGACGUGCUAUGUUUUAACGCAGCAUGUCAAUGAGCCUGGCUUCAGCUUCGGCGAGGACCUAUGCCCGAUUCAUGUUGCAGCGCACAUGGGAGACCUACGAGCACUGCGAUUUCUUCUACUGACGGGGGCCUCUGUUGAGCAGAGGACUGCGACAGGUCAAUCUGCACUCGACCUUGCUCAAGCUGCAAAUCACCGAGGCUCGCAUGACCAGAUCAUUACUUUGCUGCAGGCAACGCCUUCCGAGGAGAUCCUCCUCGAACAAGUGGCACCUCUUUCAGAGGGUGAGGGAGACGAAGACUGACGGUUUUUCGAAUUAUCCAAAUAGAAUCCUUAUACUUCGAGGUGAAUUACAAUGCCGUCACCGAUGUGAGAUAGGAAACAAACAAAAACGACCCUGACCUACUUUGACCAAGCUCCACAGCAACUUCCCAAACAUUCCGCCUGCUUUCUAUCAGCUAGGACACACACACACAUAUUAUAUAUAUAUAUACACAUACGACAUCCUAAAACAACACAUUUCUACCAGCACGUCCAUAAAUUAAUGACCCCUUAGAGGUCAUUCGGGGGUGUCCAUGAACCACCCCAACUGGGGGUCCAGGUAUACGACCUUUCUUCUUCCCUGAGUGAAAUGGCUUGACAACUCCCACGACCCAGCUGACGUGAGGACUUCAUCGACCAAAAGCUGUGGAUGUUGUCGGGUGGGACUCCCAAGUCACGAACGUCACCAUCCAUUUCUUGGAAACAUUUGUUUUGAUUAGGGUUCCAUGAUGAAUACGGGUCUCAGCCGUGCUCAGCCGUGGGGCUGGUAUCGCUUGCCCAAGUCACUGAACAAUUCCUGCGGUUUGUCACCACGUGUUGCGAUUCACCAAGAUACAUCAUGCUUCAAUUCUUUAAUUUAAUUGAACGGAUGGCCAAAAUGGCCGUUGCUUGCUUUUGGUUUGGAUAACGGAAUGCAAGCACAUGCACCAACCUCAACUUUUAAUCAAGAAUUCAGAUUUUCUGAAAAAGGCUGGACACCAAAUGCGGAGUCCAAGUCUACUCUCCUCAACUUUUCGAGUCUCUUUCGGCACCUCGCCCCAGUGGGUCUUGCGCUCACAGACCGAUCUCGUUGAGCUGCUGUGCGGCACUCGGCAACGACAAAGGUCGCGGACCGCGCGGAGAGACCGAAG